AUGGGAGGAGAGGAACCAAAGGAGGAGGAAAAGAAAGAGAAGAAGGAAAAGAACAAGGACGAAGAAAAACCGAAGGAAAAGAAAGACAAGGAAAAGAACAAGGAUGAAGAAAACCCCAAGGAAAAGAAAGAUAAGGAAAAGAACAAAGACGGGGGAGAGCCUAAGGAAAAGAAAGAUAAGGAGAAGAAAAAGGACAAGGCCGCUAAAAAUCCUGAUGACAAGAAAAAGAUCAAGGACCCUGCUGGUCUAAGAGCAAAGAUGGAGAAAAUUGAUGUGAAGAUUGAAGCCUUGAAAGCUAAGAAGGAGGAGCUUGCAAAGCAACUCCAUGAACUUGAAAGUGGUGAAGUGAAAGCUCCAGAGAGCUAG